AUGUGUCUUGCCCUCGCACCUCUGGAAGGCGCCUCCUCCCCUCCGACGCCUUCAUCGGGAGUCGCGCGUGGCUCCAUUGGUGCAGGGGCGAUGUCCAUCGCCCUAGGCGUGGGCGUGCAUUCUGAUCAUGUAAGCCAAUGGUGGGCUGAGGUUGAGACUCUCCUGGAGGCGGGCAUGUCUUCUGAGCUUGCGGGCGGUGGCAAUUCAGAUAUGGUUGGCGCUGCAAGCUUGUCGCUGGCGCAGCUCGUGAACCCCGCGCAGUUCGCGCGCGCCCCGCUGGCUCAGUGGACACUUGUUUGGGAGGCGCCUCGGCUGAAGUGGAGGCCCUGUUGCAGCCUUCUCCUGGAGAUUUGGUGGCCCCAGGAGACCCUCGCACCGUUGCGCCUCAACGUGGGCUUCUCCGACGCGACGCGAUCUGCGGCGAUGGCGGCGUCAGAAACCAGAGCGCGUUGA